AUAUUUAUUUACAGUUUUAUUUUAUGUUUCAAUUUGUUUCAAACUAUUAUUACUUAAAACUCUAUCAGUCAAAGAGUGGGAGAGAGAGAGGAUGUCAUUGAUAUAUCCCUGAGCUGUCUCUCACUGAACAGCACUUUAUAUAUCAUAUAUAUAUAGCACUUGGAGGUCAAUCAUUACACACCCGUAUAUAUAAUAAUAAUAAUCAACUGACCAAUUGGUGUGAUCGUAUAGCCGCCCGAUGUCGGACACCGUCGACGACAUUAACGUCAACAUAACUACACCGUUGACCACAACAACAACGACAACCACUGCCACCGACUCCGUCGCUAUCGACGACCAAAAACGACCGAAUCGUCGAAAGUAUCGCCGACUAAGCGAUGACGAAGUAGUGGUCAACAGUGGUAGUAGUAGUGAUGGCCGCCGUCGACACCAUAACCUACGCAACGAUCGGCGGCUCGUUAUUAACAACGAUGACGACGAACCCGACGGCAUUUCUGGCCAACAACGACAUCGCCGCCGCCGAGCCAUCAGUAGUAUUGAAAUCGAUUAUAUGUCGGCCACUUGUGUUACUACCGAUAACAUUGACAAUAGGCAAACAAAAAUGCGACGCCAGCCGUCGGCCAGCGGAUCGUCGUCAUCAGCCAAUAGCAGCCGUAGUGGCCAGAAAUCGCCAGUACGUAUAGCCGGAGAUGUUCACUGUGUGGCCUCACCCGAAGCAGUCGGUUCGCUUGAUUUGUUGUCCCAAAAGUACGAAAGUCUUGACUACGACCAGAUCGAAAACAUGCUUUACUUGGAAGAGAGGAAACGGGUGGCCGAUUCGUGGCUCAAACGUACCGAAAUGGUCCGCUGGCUGGUCAUCUUUAUCAUCGGUUUGUUGACCGCUGUCACUGCCUGUGUGAUUGUCGUAUCGGUCGAAGGACUAUCAAAAUAUAAGUAUAAACUGUUGCAACAGUUUGUCGACCGGUGCUCAAGAAAUCAGGACAUCAACAACAGCGGCGGCGGUAAUGACAGUACUAUUACUAGUGGCCAGUACUGUAUAAUCAUACCGUACGCCAUGUGGCUCGGUUUGAACGCCGUACCCGUACUAAUGGGUUCGGCAUUGGUUACCUAUUUGGCACCGAUUGCUGCCGGUUCGGGUAUACCAGUAAUUAAGUGUUAUUUGAAUGGUAUUAAAGUUCCCGAAGUCGUUCGCAUUAAGACCUAUUUUGCCAAACUGUUUGGUGUUAUUAUGGUUGUCGUGGGCGGACUGGCCUGCGGUAAAGAGGGCCCGAUGAUUCAUUGCGGUUCGGUAAUUGCGGCCGGCGUCUCGCAGGGCAAGAGUACGACAUUUAAUAAAGAUUUUCGAGUUAUGCAAGAGUUUCGCGAGGAUCGGGAAAAACGUGAUUUUGUCUCAGCAGGUGCCGCUGCCGGAGUGGCGGCCGCUUUUGGCGCACCAGUCGGUGGCGUACUGUUCAGCUUAGAAGAGGGCGCCUCCUUUUGGAACCAGAAGCUUACGUGGCGUAUAUUUUUUUGUUCACUAGUAUCGACAUUUACCUUAAAUCUAAUACUAUCAACCUAUCACUUGCAUCCGGGCCAGUUGUCCUAUUCGGGACUGUUAAAUUUUGGCCAGUUUGCUGCAGCUGAUUUUAAUUAUAAUUUUGCCGAACUACCUCUCUACGUACUGAUGGGCGCUUUCGGUGGCCUAGCGGGUGCACUAUUCAACUAUAUGAACUACAAACUUACUGUUUUCCGUAUACGCUAUAUCAGUCAUCCCGUACUCAAAGUACUCGAAGCUGUCGUAGUGGCAAUGGUUACCGCAACCAUUGGUUUCCUAAUGAUUGUCUACAUUCGGGACUGUCACCAGACUAUCAAAGAAAACUAUGUCGAAUAUCCCAUCAAAUAUAACUGUCACGAUGGAGAGUACUCGGUAAUGGGUGCCCUCUGGUUUAAUACACCCGAAGCAUCUCUGCGUAACCUGUUUCACAAUGUUGAGGGCACUUGGCGGCCGGAAUCGUUGGCCAUAUUUGUCGGUGUCUACUAUUUCCUUAGUUGCUGGACCUAUGGACUGAGUGUAUCGAGCGGUUUGUUUAUACCGUCACUGUUGGUCGGAGCUGCCUGGGGAAGGCUGGCCGGCAUCGGCAUGAAAUCAAUGUUUCCCACACAGGACUGGAUAUGCCCCGGAAAGUUUGCACUGAUCGGUGCGGCCGCCAAUCUCGGCGGUAUUGUCCGUAUGACUAUCAGUUUGACUGUCAUAUUGAUCGAAGCGACCGGCAAUCUAACGUUUGGUCUGCCAAUUAUGAUAACACUGAUUACUGCCAAAUGGGUGGGCGAUCUGUUCAACGAAGGCAUCUACGAUAUACACAUACAGUUGUCGAGCAUACCGUUUCUCAAUUGGGAGCCGCCGGUCGGCGCUAGCAAUAUAUACGCAUCGGAGGUGAUGUCCACACCGGUUACUACAUUGAAGACGACCGAAAAGGUCGGUUACAUAAUAGACAUAUUACUGAGCGAAUCGCAUAACGGUUUUCCCGUAGUCGACACCACCGACUUAUCAAACGAUAGCAACAACAUCAGUGCUUUUGCUGCACUAAACGAUAUGAACGUAUCGUUUCGUAUGGACUACGGCCGCGGCGACACUACGUUCGGCCGUUUUCGUGGACUAGUAUUGCGGUGGCAAUUGAUUGUUAUGCUCAAACAGAAACUGUUCAAUGAAUACGAACAGGACUGGCACUCGUAUACAAUGGAAACGUUUCGCAACGCCUAUCCUCGAUACGAGUCGAUCGAGUCGGUGGUCAAUACGAUCAGCGAUGCCGAACGCGAGUACACUAUCGACGUACGGCCAGUAAUGAAUCCGUCGGCCUAUUCAGUAUCGCAUACAUCAUCGCUGACCCGUAUCUAUCGCCUGUUUCGGGCAAUCGGUUUGAGACAUUUGAUAGUGACCAACGAUCGUAACGAAGUUAUCGGUAUUGUCACCCGUAAGGACAUUGCCCGCUAUCGGUGCGAAUGGACGGACGGCAAGUAUUUGUGGCGCGAACUGCAAAUCAGUCACAAUUGAG